CAGUAAUGGGAUUGCAGGAUCAGAUGGGAGGUCUAGCUUGAGUGGGGACUAAGCAUUUCAGUAAAACAUUAACUAGCAGGAGUGGCCUAGCACUCUGGGAGGUAGAGAUAGGAUGAUCCCUUGAAGUUUGGAAUUGAAGACCCGCCUGAAUCAGAGCGAGAUCCCCUCUCUAAUAAACACAGAAAAAUCAGCUGGGCGUGGUGGUGCACGGCCUCAGUUGCAGCAACUCCGGAUGCUGAGGCAGGAGGAUCACUUAAGUCUACGAGUUUGAGAUUGCAGUGAGCUAUGUAUGAUUGGUACGUGGGCACUAGUGUGAGACCCUGUCCUAGGGAAAAAACCUCCAAAAAACAAGUAAUAGCAAAUGCGUAUGUGAAGAAGAAAGUUUAACACAUUUUUGGCUGCAGGAACAUUGGUUAUCGCUAAAUAAGGGUGUGGUGUAUAGCAUUUUUCUUAUAGUUUUAGAUUUCACAAUUUCUAGAAGGACCUUAUCUCACCAUAUAUAGUUACCAUAAAAAAGAUGAUGAAAACGAGGCAGCCUUAAGACAUCCUCUGGCAGAAGCUGGUAAGUGGGAGCGCGACUCCCGGAAACUCCAUCUCUUUUCAAGCCCAGAAUCCUGACCCAGGUGAGGGACGCCCCCAGACCAGAACGCGCCCAGGCAGCGUUAGCGCGCAAAGAUGGCGGCGGCCGCGCCCCGCGGCCGGAGCCGAGCGCUCCCGAGCUUUCCCGAAGCCUAGAGGAACCCCGGGAGCCGCGCGGGCGGAGCGGCCCCGCCCGAGCCUGGAAGCAGCGGCGCCGGCGCGGGGGAGGGGAGGCCGGAUGUGAGUAGAGCGGCCAUUUCCUGUUUCUCUGCAGUUUUCCUCAGCUUUGGGUGGUGGCUGCUGCUGGCCUUUGGCUUCCAGUGCGCGGAGGGCGAGGCAGCGUGGACAGCGGCUCCGGCAUCUAGCGCCCGGCCGUCAGCAGCCGCGCCUCUGCUCGCUGCGCUCCGAGCCCUCCGCUUCCCGCCUCAGUGUCCGGCCGCCGCCGCCGCGGCCCAGCGAGCGGCCCAGAUGCAGGCCAUCAAGUGUGUGGUGGUCGGAGACGGAGCUGUGGGUAAAACUUGCCUACUGAUCAGUUACACAACCAAUGCAUUUCCUGGAGAAUAUAUCCCUACUGUCUUUGACAAUUAUUCUGCCAAUGUUAUGGUAGAUGGAAAACCGGUGAAUCUGGGCUUAUGGGAUACAGCCGGACAAGAAGAUUAUGACAGAUUGCGCCCUCUAUCCUAUCCACAAACAGUUGGAGAAACGUACGGUAAGGAUAUAACCUCCAGGGGGAAAGACAAGCCGAUUGCCGAUGUAUUCUUAAUUUGUUUUUCCCUUGUGAGUCCUGCAUCAUUUGAAAAUGUCCGUGCAAAGUGGUAUCCCGAAGUGCGACAUCAUUGUCCCAACACUCCCAUCAUCCUUGUGGGAACUAAACUUGAUCUUAGGGAUGAUAAAGACACGAUUGAGAAGCUGAAAGAGAAGAAGCUGACUCCUAUCACCUAUCCACAGGGUUUAGCCAUGGCUAAAGAGAUUGGUGCUGUAAAAUACCUGGAGUGCUCGGCUCUCACACAGCGAGGCCUCAAGACAGUGUUUGAUGAAGCUAUCCGAGCAGUUCUCUGCCCACCACCGGUCAAGAAGAGGAAGAGAAAAUGCCUGCUGUUGUAAACGUCUGAGCCCCUUGUUCUUGGUCCUGUCCCUUGGAACCUUUGUACGCUUUGCUCAAAAAACGGUGGAGCCUUUGCACUCAAUGCCAAGUUUUUGUUACAGAUUAAUUUUUCCAUAAAACCAUUUUGAACCAGUCAGUAAUUUUAAAGUUUUGUUUGUUCUAAAUGUAAGAGUUUAGACUCACAUUUUAUUAAAAUUUAGCCCUAAAAUGACAAGCCUUCUUAAAGCCUUAUUUUUUGAAAAGCCCCUGUUCUUGCUCAGAAUAAGAGUUGCCAAAAUACCUUCUGAACUAAGUUGCAUUGUUGCGCUAUGAACACUAAGCACUAAACUGUUUAAAGACCUUUGUCUUUAAGAAGACUGAAAUUAGGAGAUGUAGACAUUUUCUAAGUAGUUUUCAGAUAUGUAAAGCAAGUCAGCCUCUUUAAGGAAAUGUUGCCAUUUAAUGCAUCAAUAAUUUAUCAGCCCACAUUCAACACAUAACAUUGUACUGUAUAUCAUAAUGGAAUGGGUAUAACACCUCUUUGGAUCAGUCUUUUUGAUUUCAUAGUGAAUUUUUAAAAAAGAUAGUUGAUCAGCUUUUGCUGAGUUUGAACAGAACACUUUACUCAUGUUUUUCCUCUAAUGAAGUAUUCUGCUUAGUUGUGGGUGUGCUAGGGUGGAGUGUGUAAAACACUUAACAUGAUCAAAGGAUGAAGACAGUAUUUUGACAAAAUAAGAAGUAGCGAUUAAUUUACACUACAUUAUACAAGAAAUAAACUGAAUAAAAGUGUCACGGGUACAAAUUUUAAAAGGUUAAUUUCUUUUAAAUGCAGAUGAUAAAGUUGGUAUUAUCAGUAAGUGUUUUCUUAAGAUUUUCCUCUCACAUUUGCCAUCCCUCUCAAAAUUGGGCAUUUAAUUCAUCUUUGAACUGGUUAUUCCCUUAGUUGCUUACUGUUUUUCUAUAGAAUUCCUUCUUAAUGAGCAAUAUGCCUCCUUGUAUUAUAAAUCUUUCUGAUAAUGCAUUAAUUUUUUUGUAAAUUAGUAAAACUGCUUUCCUGUUUUCAUGUUACUUUAAUCAGAGCUAAUAAGUGCUUUUCUUAGUUUUCUAGUAUCUAGGUGUAAAAAUCAUGUGUUGCAGCUUUUUAGUUUUAAAAAUAUUUUAGAUAUUCUUAAACUUUGAGCCUUCCUAAUAUCACUGUCUUGCCAGAUUACUAACAGUCACUUGACUAAACUGCCCCUAUUUACCUCACCCACACGGACACAUGCUUCCUGUAAUUGCUUUGCCUAACAAUGUUACUUGAGUAUGUGAGGUUCUGUAAACUGUGCUAGUGCUAACAAUGUUCUGUACAACUUAACUCACUGGCAAGAAUACAAUGUUGGACCUUUCAACCACUAGAACAAAAUUUUUUAAAUUGACAGUUGCAGAAUUGUGGAGUGUUUUUACAUUGAUCUUUUGCUAAUGCAAUUAGCACUGUUUUGCAUGUAUGACUUAAUAAAUCCUUGAAUCAUA